AUGAAUUCCAGAGCCUGCUACGCAUUUGAAGACAUUCUUAACAAUGAAACAAUGCAUAUAUUUUUGGAGGGAUGCGUUGUUAUCCUGCUAACUAUUUGCUAUCUUUUGGUGACCCUCACAUUACUGAUCGCCUUGCAUAUGGUACGGAGGAAACGGAAGACUUUGGCGGCUGGGAAAUCCGACAACACCUCAUUUCUAGUUAUCAUGAUGGCUGUCUCUUUCUUCAUCUCCGAACUCCUAUACUCCACACUUUUUAUUCUUGGCAACCGUGACGACCCGAUUUCGAGUUCUAAGUUAUUCCAACUAGGAAUCAUGCUGGAAUACGUGGCAAAAAUACUGUUGACAUUCAACUCAAUAUUUCAUUGUUUCAUCUGUUUCUUCUUAUCCACUCAGUAUCGAACAGUGGUUCAGAGGAUGUUGUGUUUGGAGAAGAAGAAUAAGAUGAGCUUCGACAAUUCUGUCACAAUCUCCGGCUACCUACUCGAGUACAAUCGUACUCAAUUCGUGGUAUUCGACACGGAACAACAUCGAUUGAAGCGAGGCCGUAUCUCCUAUGAUGGGGAUAUUCAAUUGACACUUGGAAAGUUCUACUCAUUCAAUCAUGGAAAGACUCCCGAGACAUGUCAAAGAGCGUCUGACACAAAUAUUGAGUUCUGGUCUAGCCGCCGCAAUCAGGGGCAAAUGUGUGCGCGGACAUGGGCGGUGGCUCCUGGAGAUGACGUGCCACUAGAGACUCGAGAUGAGUAUAAGGGAAAGGUGUGGUCCCCGUGGCUAGGACUUCUUAACGAUCCAAAUGGAAUGUUCGAGAAGAAAUUCGGAAAAGGAGGAUAUGGAACGAUCUUUGUCCGUUACGUAAAUCGAGAGAAUGAAGUUUUUGAGAUUGAUCACGUCAAUGACAGGAAAUACGAUUUUGUUUUUGAAAAACCAGCGCCUUGGAGCAAAUCGAGUGGUACAGAAAUGGAAACAAUCAUCCCAUCAGGUCGCAAUAUGUACAUCGACGCUCCAGGACAUCUUUCUGGCUUUUUAAUGGAGUAUAAUGCCACUCACGCCAUGGUAUUCAGUACAAAAGACCGACUUUUAAAACGCGGUCUUAUUACUCAUGACCCGACGAUUCGUCUGGAACUUGCAGCUCGUUAUUAUUUCGACCAUCUUAAGCCGCCCAACAGAAGGGAACUACCGUACAAUGCACGUUUCCAGUUUUUCGCAGCAGGGCGCCCAAACCCAACAGUGUACGCACGCUCAUGGGCUGUUAGUCCGGGGGAGAAUCUUCCAGUGGAGGUCCGUGAGAAGUACAAAGGAAAAGUGUGGGCUCCUUACCUUGGACUGAUCAACGACAAAAAUGGAAUGUUCGAAAGGAGAUUCGGAAAAGGUGGAAGGGGUUCGAUCCGGGUACUCUAUGUCAACCGCCCUGAUGAAGUAUUUGAGCUCGACCACGUCGACAACGUUGAAUACGAUUACUGGGCGCCUGACCGACCAGCGCCAUGGAACCAACCCAAUGUCUCUAUGUAUUACGAUGAGUUUCCAAGUCGAGAUACUUUAGCUAGCAAUGGCGAUUGUGCCAGAUUCGCCCUUUGCGUCCGUGAAGUGGCAGACAACUUGGCCUACGAUGGGAGCACAGAUGGCUCCACAGCGACAUGUUCCCUAUUGGUCAGCUCACGAUAUGGAGUGAUUCGGAGUCUGUAUGUUGCAGAGAUGGGAUGUUGGUACCAGCACUCAAUUCGAAAACGCACACGUCGCAGUAACGACCCAGAUGAGAAUCCGAAUUAUAAUGUUCAUAUGAACUUUACUGCUUCCAAAAUAAUGAAAAUCCAACCUCCGCUACCCACUGAAGUGGUUGAUGGUGGGAAAGAUGUGGAGGUCACCACGAAGUUUGUCUUUGAACAUGAUCACUUCGAAAAAGAAUGGAGUCGUGGACUCAGUGAUUGGAAGGAAAGAAUGGAAGGUGUCCCACCCAAGGUGUUCUUUUAUAAUGUCUACUUGGAAAAAGUCAGAAUUUCACACUACUCGGCUAUUCAUAUCAUUAAGCUUGUGGAGAACCUGCGAAAGGAUUGUUAUGAAAGAAUGAAGACGGACCCGAUCAAUGUAAUUGUCAAGGUUCGACUCCUCAAAAACUUCUUGGAGAUGUGCAUGAAGCAUCCAGACAACGAGCUCUAUGUGGUUAAAACGGUGGUCGAUGUGGAGUACGUGGAUUGA